GGGCCGCGCGCCGCGCGCAGGCAGGGCCAGGGCGGGCUCACACCCACCGGCGUGCGCCAGGGGCGGGGACCUGCCGGGCUUGGUCCGACACGGGCCCUGAUCGCCUGCCUGGCCCCAAGCCCCGACGCGGGCCCCGAGGCCGCGCACGGCGGGAGGCGAGCGGGCCGGCCGCGCUCUGCGCUCCCCACGGGCCGCGGCUGCUCUGGCCAGGCCCCGCCCUGUUAGCGCCGGCGCGCGCCCCGAGCGGGAGGACAGCGGGAGGCGGAGCCACGGCCAGGCCGCGCUCUCAGUCCGGGUGGGGCGGGGCUGCGCAGGCCCAGUAGAUGCGGAACUCGGAGCACCGGCCGGCGCGAGGGGCGCUGGCUGCAGGGCUACGGUAGGCGGCGCUGCUGAGAGGAGCUGGCGGGCAAGAGAACCAGCCCUUAACCUAGCUGUCCAGCAGCAGUAGUCAGCCCCUAGGGGGCCUCAUGUCCCGACCCAGCUCUCCUGAGGGCCGAGCCACAAGCUCCAGCCCCGCCGCAGAUCAGGUCUCAGCAGGGAAUGCCCUGUGGGCAGACAUCAGGGCAUUGCUGCCCAACACUAAGAAAGACCUGAAAUUGGACUUCAGCGAGAAAGUGGAGGAAAGUGUCAUCUCACUGCUCCAGCAAGCUGGAGACCUCCUCUAUGGAGCUGGAAGCCUCUGCUCUGGAGGCACAAGGGAAACCUGCUUACAAGUCAGUGAAAUAAUAAUAGAUUACUCUUGGGAAAAGCUUAAUAUUGGGACUUGGAGAGAUGUGGACAAGGACUGGCGACGAGUCUAUUCUUAUGGCUGCCUUUUCAAAGUGCUGUGUAUGUGCAGUGAGCAAGGCACCAUAGCAGAUACAAUUCGGGUCUGUGACAUGGGACUGCUGAUGGGAGCAUCCAUAUUGGAUAAUAUCCUGGUUAGGAUAAUUAAUGUCCUUCAGAAGCAUCUAACGUAUGGGAAACGGUCUGCUGAAGAAGACACAAAGGAGUCACAUAGAAAGAAAAUCCGGAAUGACCACACUACCGUUCCAUCAAUAAAAUCAGAAGAAGUUAUUCCACGGCUUCACUGCCCUUCUCUAGAGCAUUUCAGAGAAAAUUAUAUGAUUCCACAAAAGCCUGUUAUCCUGGAGGGUAUUGUUGACCACUGGCCAUGUAUGAAGAAAUGGAGUCUGGAUUAUCUCCGCCAAAUUGCCGGCUUCCGCACAGUCCCUGUAGAAGUGGGUUCCCGGUAUACGGAUGAGGAAUGGUCUCAGAAGCUCAUGAUUGUCAAUGACUUCAUUGAUCAGUAUAUUGUGAACAAGAAUAGCAUUGGAUACCUUGCCCAGCAUCAGCUUUUUGAUCAGAUCCCAGAACUGAAGCAGGAUAUUUGCAUCCCUGAUUACUGCAGCCUGGGGGAAGGGGAAGAAGAUGACAUCACCAUUAAUGCUUGGUUUGGCCCAGAGGGAACCAUCUCACCUCUUCAUCAAGAUCCACAGCAAAAUUUAUUUGUCCAGGUAAUUGGAAGAAAAUACAUCCGUCUGUACUCUCCCCAGGAAUCAGAAAAUCUAUAUCCACAUGAAACCCAAAUUCUUCACACCACCAGCCAGGUGGAUGUGGAGGAUCCCGAUUUAGUUAAGUUCCCCAAGUUUGAACGGGCUGCAUUUCAAGCUUGUAUUCUGACACCAGGACAGGUUCUGUUUAUUCCAGUUAAAUACUGGCAUUAUGUACGAUCUCUCGAUGUCAGCUUCUCUGUCAGUUUCUGGUGGUCAUAAACCAUUAUCUGUUGUGGAUAAAUCUCUGUUGUGCAAUUUAAGGUAAUAUAAAAAAUGCAGCAUGCUGUACUCUUGAUUAGGGAAAGAAUUUUCAGAUCUUCAACAGAGGAAAGUUUUCUUAACAUGAGAAUGUUCAUUUUCUUUUGCUUAAAGGGCAGAGUUGGGUUAAGAAAUUCAGUUCUUUCUGCUUCCUGACAUAGCGAGAAAUCUAAACAAAAAAAUCAGAAAUGAGGUAGUGCAGCAGCAUUCACUGUUUUGUUAAUGUUUCCAAUAAAUUCCUAAUAAAGAACAUCUGUCAAAUUAUCAGCUCAAGUAUACAUACCCAAAACAAGACUAUAUAUGGGCAUCAUCAAGAAACUGGGCCCCAAAUGGUGUGAUUGUCAAAGUAGAGCUGAAGGGAGUAUGUGACCCAUUGUAAGUUUACCAUCCAUCUGAAUUUAAUAAUAGUUGCAUAGCCAUGACUUCCAUUAUGGUGGAUAACAUUUAUACAAAAUCUCAGAUAAUAAAAAGAGCCAAGCCAGCAGUCAAGUCUAUUGCUAAUGAGGGGUGGAAGUGUAAUACACUGGAUUAUUAUAUAAUUCAGUUAUAGAGCUCAGCUGUAGUACUUGUGUUGUGCCCUUUGGGGGGAGAUGGACUGUAUUCCUUUCAUUCUCACCAGCAAUUAAUUCUUUACCAUCCUUGCUGUUGCAGCUGGCAGGGUCUGGUACUUCUCUCCCUUCCAAGCCAUUGUAAGGAAACAGACUAUUCUAAAAUGAUUUUUAAAAAUAGCUGCUGGAGAAGUACAUUAAUAUACAAAACAUGGACACUGCAGUGACUUCUCAUCCGCUGAUUUAACAAAAAGCCCAUUUGCUCACAGGGGAAAUAUUAAAUGAAGAUUUCAUUUUCUUGAUUAAAGCUCUGAUAUUACUAAUCAUUGCAAAUGCAGAGUUCUCUCACUGUUAGGCAAAUCCCAAGUGUGUGUUUGCUUAGAAUGAAGCUUCAACAUGAGCUCUUGUGUAGCGAGCCAGUGAAGGAAUGGGCAUGUGGUGUUUGGAGACUGUUCCUUCAUCUGGUGCUCAUUCCCAUUAGGCUCCCCUCUCCCACCCUAAACCAUUUUCUGGGGUAUUAUGUAAAAAACAAUUAUAACAGAAGGAACUGUGAAAGAGAUGCUUAACUUCUACUGUCUGGCAUUCUGGGCUGAAAAGAUUACCCACCUGCUUUUGUGCUUGCACAGCUGUGAGACUGCAGGGAUUUUGAGAUCUAAGAAAUGAAGGUGCAGCAGAAGUGCUAACUUAGCAUUAUUUAUUCUAACCAACAAUUACUAUGAAAUCAUGGUAUUAAAGGGAGGCUUAAUAGAUGCUCUUAAAGCUUGGGAAACCCUGAGAUGUGCUUCUGGUGCCACCUCUGUCAGAUUUGGAGCAAUAAAGAAUGAAUGUGUAUGUGAAUACUCAGACUAUGUUUAAAAACAUCCUUUCAGAGAAGGGCUGGAACUAGGUGGAGAUGGUGUUAAUACUGAGCCCUGUUAGUGGCACCUUCACUGAAUUCAAUGAGGAUGACAGAAUGGUUGACAAACCUCAUUGAUUUUACAGAUUUUAUAACAGUUUUAAAAUGGAAGUCUAAAUAGGUCCUGUGUCUUUUAAAAAGUUCUAUUUUUGGAGGAUUUGCACAAACUCCCCUGCACUGAGCUUUCCUGUCCCAGUUACACAUUCAGACCUGUGCAGAUGGACCCCUGCACCCCAUUUAAUUUAACGGUGUAAAGAUCUAUGUGGAUCAGCUUACACAACUGAGGCAGCAGCAGUCAAAUCUCCCAUUCCUACACAGGCAUAAUACCCCACCCCCCUUUGGCUAUGAUGAUAGCUAUGUACACAUACUAUGACAGCCUCCACUACAGCUAUGCUGACCUUAACAGUGCAGGAACUGAGCAGGGAGGCCAAGGUCAGAACAGUUUUAUUUUCAAACUUCUAGCAAGGUUUUAGCAGAGUAUAAACAAACCAUAAAAAGAAAGUUGACUUUGUUCCCUAGGCAUUCCUACUUUCAAAAUGAUACAUUUUACACCAACGCUGAAGUAAACUGCAAUUGGGCUCAUCUGUAAAACAGUGAAAGAAAAUGGCCGCUCUAACUGAAGCUGGUCUUUCUAACGCUGCCUUGUUCCUGAGGAUGAGGUUCCUCUCCUUUCCCUCGGGGCACUUGAAGGCAACUGGGAAUCUGGCUGAUUUACCUCUGUGUUAAGAAAAAAUGCAAUGUUAGUGAACAAAAUACUGGUUUGUGUUGUUACCCUGACAAUACACUUUCAUGAACUCCGAAUUCUCACUAAAUGGCUAAAAAUGUGUAAACUCUUAUUUGCUUGUGACUUCUGUUAGAAAUGUUCCAUUUCAUUAGUUAAAUUAAGGUAUUCCAAGAAGCUUCUGCUUCAACAAACUGAGUAUUUCCAGAUUUUUUUUUCACUCAACGUACUGCUGGUAGUAGAGAGGGUCUAGAACUCCAGGAGUAAAGGCACAACCUUGACAGUUAUAGGUGCACAAAAUUACCAAAGCAAGAUCCACCAGCUGAAAUACUUGAAGGUUCCAGUAAGUAAGAAAGUUCAAUCCACUGUCAUUACAUCAUGACUACAGUAACUUAAGUAUCACCAUUAAAUAUCUCAGUCCAUGCCCAGGUAUUAUUAGACGAGAGUUGUAAAAUGGGUUGCUUACUACCUGGAAUCUCAUGCGGCCAAAACUCAUUACAGUGGGGACAGUGUGGUUCCAUCUGAGCUUUGAAAUAUUUUCCAGCACAAGGCAAGUGCAUUCCAAUUCCACAGGUUUCACAUACUUGACUCUGAAAUGAGAAAUGUUACUGUUAAUAGAAAGCAUUUCUGGUCUCCCUCUCAGUGCUACAAAGCAUGUCAUCUUUGGAAAGAGCCAUAGUCUGCCUUACUCACCCAAAGUAAGAGCAUUAACUGCAGAGAAUUUUACUUCAUUUCCAGCUGGAGGAUCCUUGUAAACAGAGGGUGGUAUGGGUUACAGGGAAAUACUACUUGGGAGCUGGGAAACAGGCAUUUGUUGGGGUCAUGGAAAGACUCAUAGCAAGAAGGCUUGGGAGCCAAAGGGUGUUGGGACAGGUGGGUGGGAAAAGGGGUGUCAGAACAGCAUGCCUGUUGGGGAAGACUUGGAGAGGAGAAGUAGCUGCAGGAGGCAGGGAAUGAAUAACGGGGGAUUGGCAGCUGAGAAGAGGAGCUCAAGUCCCAGCCACUUAUCAGGGGGACAAGAUUGGGUGCUUGUGGGGGUGCCACUGCCCAGCUCCUCAGUGCAGUCUGUGGGCUUAUUCUAGAGCUCUUGAUGCAAGCAGUUCCAGAGCAUCCACCAGCAAGAGUGAAGAUGCAUGCACGUGCCAGACAGGGAAAUCAUCAUGUGUUGAGCCCAGUGGCUUAGAAUAGCUAACAACCGUCAUGCACAUGUAAAAAUGGGAAAGAUUCACUCCCAGUUCAGCUGACUGGGACAGGAGCCAACAUGAUGGAUGCAGGUUUCUCACUGGCUAAGUUCACAUCGUGGUUUUCCAGUGGCAGCAACAGAAUAGGCAGUGUACUGGGGACUCCACUGCCAGAUGACAACAGCAGUUUGAACAUAGAACAAAUGCUCA